CGAGGUCCCUUUCUGCCUGGAUGCUUUCCAGCCACUCUGUCCCCAGCUUAUAGUACUGCCUGCAGUUUUGUGGCCAAAACGCAGGACCCAGCACUUGGCCUUGUUGAACCUCACACCAUUAGCCUGCAUAUAUGUUCAAGCAACUGGAAUUCAGAUACCAGGGUAAUUGAGCUGUCAUAGCCAUCUUCACAGUGUAUACCUUAUGCCAGAUAAACGCAUUUUUAGUUAAGCUUUACUAAAACAGGGGAAAAAAAAAAACCUUUCAUUUGAUUUUGUUUACAUUGAACAGAAGUAAUAUAACACAGUGGGAAACCGGCCCACAGCCCAUUUAGCUAUAGCAGGUAAGACAAAAUAUAGAGCUUAACAUCUGCCCCUUUGUCAAUGACAAAAUUUUGACUGACUCUGAUAGCACAGGGUCAGUGCCGCAGAUGGAAGUACAACUUGCACACCCCAAAACAUUUGCAUAAAGAAGAGAGAGUCUCACAGAUCAGGAAGAUCAAAUAAAUAAAAUGAGCAUAUCUCAGCCUGAAAGUAAAAAGCAUAUCCAAACAUUUAAUUCCUACUUCCCUCAAAAGAAAACCCACAAUCCACCCCCAAACGAACUUCCAUUUCCCCAAAACACAAACUAACGCUGAGAUCAAUUCCCUAACACUUUAAUAAUACACAAGCACACACAGGGUUUAGGACAGUGAUGAAAAAUGUGUCAUGCUUUUCAAGGUUAGUCCCCUUUCACUUUAAAAAUAUUUAUGUUUUCUGGCCUUUGUCGUCACUAUGGUCUCCUAGAGAGAAAAUGCCCUUCAGAGGCACGCUGACAGAGAUCACUGCACACCCAGGCCCAAAGAGACAUUGCGGAUUUCAGCUGCCAGCAUUGGUGGGACAGGCUCUGUUAGUCAGGCAGCAGCUGCAGGACACACUGGGCUCCCAAUGCUGGGGAAGCCCUCACAUCAGGCAUUUCAGCCCCUGUAACACAGUUCAGGGGGAGCAGCCGAUCCCACUGAGUACCUGACCCUCUCCACCAGGUGCUGUCUGAGUUGAAAGAUAACUGCUCACUUUUGGACAGUGCUCUUACACAGCAGGUUAUUCGCUGUCCCAGCAUCCUGACAGGUUUACAAAGUACGAAUAAGAUGGCUAAGUAGUCGCACAAGGCAACAUGAGUUGAAAAAAACUCAAAUCACCAAAACCCCAAACACAACACCAGCUCUCUCACCCUCCCUAACAAACAAAGAAUUUCUACAGUUUGGUUAAAUAGGAACAAAAUUCCAUACAGUGCAUAGUGGCAGACACGGACUCUUAAAUAGAGUAGCAGAUUUUUCUCUUAUUUAAGAGAAAACAAGUAUUCAGGGUAAAGAUGACCAACUGUAAAUGAAGGGGAACAAACCUAGAUUGACAGAAGUUACAAAAAAAAAAUAAAUAAUAUAACCCCAUAGCUCCAGACAGUAUCAUCAGAUAGAUGCUGCCCAGCCACCAGCACUCUGCUAUGGUUUUUCAAGUGUUAUUACAAUUACAGGACUUUAAGGGAUAUUUGCAGGAGGCAACCCUGCUCUUGCAGUAACCUGAGCUCUGUCCCUUGCACUGUCUCUAAAGGUUUUGCUUUCAGCUACCCAUCUGCAGCAUGAGGAUUUGGGAUCAAUAACUCAGCAGUACCUCCUCCUGCUUCCAUGGUCACUGCUGCUCCUACACCAAGGUAGCAUCAGCAUGCACGUAUUUUGUAGUGGAGUCUUCCUGUCUCUGAUUUCCACAGGCCGUGAGUAUGUGCACCUUGUCUGCAAACAAUGAUCUCCAGAACACUGUUUCUCAGCAGGACUAUGCCAACUUGUAUCUAUCCUUUGAAGAGACAGUGGUUUUAGUUUGGUGGGGAGAUGAGAUUGCACUUCAGAAGGUGCUUCGUUUUUGAAAAAAACAAUAUAUUAAUUAACAAAAAAAGUAAAGCCAGAAUUUCAAUAUCAUGACAAAUUUAUCAAAAAAAGAACAAAAGAGAAUUGCUUAGUUACCCAAAUAAAAGUAAUGGACAGAAGCCCAUACCAUUCCUGCCUGAAGGACAUAGACACACCUACCACCUGGUUUUAGGCAAAAGUCGUCAUCUUCCUCCAUUUCAUCCAAUGAAUCUACACCUGACAACACUGGACAGUUUACAGUGGUAACACCUCACCCACUGAAAUUCUAGGUUUGCAUUAUUCAGUUAGGCCUCCUACCCUCUCUCACAGCACUGCAGUCAUUCAAGGAGGGAAGUUUCACCAGCACCUGUGGAAAGCAGCAAAGGAAAGGUAUCUAGGGCACUGUGGAUAUUCUAUUCCCUACCAAUAUUAGUGGUAAUACAGCCUAGACUUGCACUGCUAGCCUUGAACAUCUCAGCAAAUCAGAGUGAUGAAUUAUUUAGGACAAACACUUUGAGUUUCAAACUGAGAACAGUGGAGGUGCCUAUUUUCUGCAGUGGCUUCCUCAGAAAGUCUCUCCCUGCUCCCCUGCUAGGACAUUGGAAGUGAUACUAGGAACACUGCCUCAGUUAAAAAACAUUGUCAUUGUUUCACAAACCUUUACCAAACUUUAACCAAUUAGGUUGGUUAAAGUUCCAUGUCGGCUAUUUUCUCCAUAUUAUUUGACAGUGCAACUGCUAAAUUAAACUAUUUCAAAGAACAAAACCAGUGCCAAGAGAGGGGAGGACAUUUUGUACAUGUCAAGAUCUGAUGACCUCCAAAGGUCACCCUGACCCACGCUUCCAAGUGACAAGCCUGACAUCUGGUCAUGAGGCUUAGAAUCAAGGAUGAACCUCCUCCCCACAGCUUUCACAUUACAGCAUGCCCCAGCUGAAAUGGUAUUUAUGAGUGCCUUGUGAGAAGGAAAAGCAAGUGUCACGUGUGCCCCACAGGGUUGGCAGAAAUCUGCAACAAAUUUGCCAUCACAAACCCAGUCUCAGGUGGUACUGUUUCAGUUCUACACAAGAGCAGAUCUGCUCUACAAAGGUAGUGUGUCAAAUGGGCAUCCGACCACUGGCAGUAAAAACACAGAAUCCCAUUACUCUCAGUAAUCUUGCUGCUGGGUCCACUGAUGAUAUAGAAAGCCAGAGAGACAAUCAUUAUUUUAUAUUCUAAUUACCUGCAUGACAAAGGUCACUGCAUUUCCCCAAAUUCCCAUUUGGCCUCAAAUGGGUCUACAAAAUUAAAUCUUUCUUAAACAUUUUCAAGAGGUCAAGAAUCCAAAGUAGCACUUUGCAAAUCAGGUCAGUGAGUCUUAGAAGUGCACAUCUUAUUUUAUUUUUUUUUUUUUGCUAAAAUCCAUCUAACUAGAAUCCAAGGGUGCCAAACAGGGUGUUUACACUUUAAGAAGAUGUAAUUUUUUGCUUCUCCUCAUUAUUCAUGCACAGUCCCAAAGCAAAUUUAUAGCGAGCUUCUAAAAAUAGCAUUAAUAAUCUUAGGGGCUGCAUUAAGACCCUAAUUAAGAUAGUAUAUGAAUUUUUCCUGCUUGCACCUAAGAUUAUAGAUUUAAGCUACACACUCACAAGACUCCUUAAGGAAUUUGUUUUCUUAACACCAGUUUGGGAAAGAUGGUCAUCAUUCUUGCUUCCAUACAAGGUGUUGAGACAUCAAGUCAGAAGUAUUUCACUACCUUGGUGUGACUUGUUAAACCACAUUUAGGACCCGGCUUCUCAGUGGACAUCGUAGUUCACAGCGUAACUCCCCUGGACCUGGUUGCAGUUGAAAACAUUCAUCAGCUCUGAAAGUGCUCUCCAAGAUGAGAAGUGAGGCAUUGCGGAAAGGAGGAGUCUUCUCACAAGGUUUUUCUGAGCCAUGGCUCACAUGCAGGGUAAAUCCCUCCUGCACACUGCAGACACAGGGAUCACAGCCAGCCUUGGAACUGCUUCUUCCACAGUCCUCUUGUCAGAAACAGUAAGCACUGGCCUACAGAUUGCCAUUGUUGGAGUGGGAGGAAUAGAGCCUGCUGCUACCAAAUAGGCCUGCAAUUUUCUGGGAGCCAUGAGCUAAAGGAAGAGUCGAUGUAAAAGAGUUCAAGCAAGAAAUAAGAGGUGAAGAUUCUAACCCCAAAUUUGUACCAUCAGUCCCGAACACAACUUUUGCUCAAACAGGUUAGCUUUGAGAAACCAUGUAAAAUGCACCAUAGUUGAAAAGGAUGUUACUAACAGCCUCUCUAUCUCUGCCCAUACAAGGCAGAAAAAGACACCUCCAACUUUUCAGUAAGAAUUAAACCCUGAUUUAACUUGCAACUCAGGUUAAAUACUCGUCCCCUCAGAAGUUACCAUACGUCAGUGAAAUGAGUUUGUGUUGCUUUUCUCUGCAUAAAGAGUUCAAAGACUCCUCACUGGAAACAAUUGCCAUUUAACAACUAGUAUCCUAGAAAGCUGUAAACGAGUCCUGAUUUAAUUGAACUGAAAACUCAUUAUUACCGAAAGAAAUCAUACACUGUAACAAUGACCAAAGCUUUCCUGGAAGAGCUCUCUCUCUGGAUUUGUCAUUAACAUCUAUAUCCUAACACUCCUAAAUAAUUCAGUACAGCAUUUAGCCCUGUGUCCUUGCCUCUCUACUCAGAAACCACUCUCACUCUUUACAGUAUAUUUCAGCAACAGGGAGGAAAAAUCUGUCUGGAUUGUGGUUCUUCCUUGUUCUGUGCAACUGAGGGGGGAACCUCAGUUACCCUUUCUCUCUCAGCAUAGAAGCACAGGUUUUAUUUAUUUUAUUUUUUUGGGAAAAGUGUUUAUUAGACAACUAAAUAUAGAGCAUUAUUUAUCCACACAGAGUCAUGACCAUGUGGGCUCAGAUUCACAUGCAAAUUCCCCUUUUAAUAAUCCUAAUGCAGGGAGUGCUCCAAUCAGAGCGCUAUCAGUCCCAGCUCCCAGAUACCUGAUGCCAGCUUUGCUGGUAAUGUAGGCCACUGAAGCAAAUCCAGAGAGAUUGAGCUGGAAGUGGAGAGAGGCUCUGAGAUCUAUUUGCUUGGCUUCCUGACGACGAGGGGGUGUGUAACUUCUUUUUGUCUUUUCCACUAUAAAGGGGCUAUCAUUUAAGAGGGAUCAUUAGCUGAGAGCAGCCCAGCUGGGUCGAGGCUGGGAGGCGGGGACGCAGUUGCAAGCAGUGGAGCAAGGUGGAGGCACGAAGACAGAAGACCAGGUUAAUGAAAGCAUGAGGUGGCUCUUGGGCAGCAGCUUGAAAAAAUUUGGACACGCUGACAGGGGAAACUAUGACUGGCUAAACAGUGAACCUGGUGGGCCACUUCUGGAAACAGAGCUUCAGAGCAGACAACAGACAAGUUCAACCAAAGACGACAUAGAACCAUUUCUGUGCAUCAUAUUGCCUGCCACCAUGAUGCUCUUCCUGGCAUUCCUGCUGCUCUUCCUGUACCGCCGUUGCCAGCGCCCCACUCAGCAGGGGCAGAUCUUCAGCAUCGACCUUCCUGAGGCCCUGCCUGAACAUGAUGUGUCCAAUUUCCUUUCUGCACUGCCCUGGAACAGUGAACAGAGUUUCCACUACUCCACACUGGUCCCUGAUGCCACAUUCCUCUCUGUGUGUUUACCUCCAUCGUAUGAGGAGGCCACCAUGAAGACUUCCAUGGAAGAGGCUCACAUUGAGCUCUCUCCAGACCCAGUGCCUCCUUAUGAAGAGAGCACACUGCAGACCAGCAGCGCCAAAUAAACUUUCUAUGGAAGCACCUUAGCUGAAGCAUGCAACCCCCUCAAGGCACAAGGGUAGAACUGCUAUGGCCUUUAAAAUCUGUGAAAAGAUUCCAAAUGAGGCACCAAACCAAUGAAUUUAUGCAGGAAGAAACUUGAAGUAACAGGGAAUGAGUCUCUUCACCUCGUCCUAGGACUCUCUACCUUCCAUUUGUGGCAAGUGUACACAUGGUAUAGCACCAAAUCUGACCCAGACUGGCAGCAUGGGUAUUCCAGUUAACAAACAUGUCAUGAAAGGAUUAAACUUAAGGAAAGGUGAGAAGUUGUUCCUCUGCCAUCCAUCACCUACAAAGAAAUUUCAAUAACGUUAUAGAUUCACUUGUCACAAAAAGGGCUUUUAGCACAUGCCUAUUUCAGUUUGGAGGUUUUUUCUAUGUGUUUAUUUUCAAUCGAGUCUUUGACAAGCUUAGUCACUCCAUCUGUGUGUGUUAACAUCACAUCAUUCUGCAGUGCUCUGGAAUGAUCACAACUCUCAGGAAAGCAAAUAAAUAUAUAAUAUAUACAAAAUUUCAGCAACUGUCUCCAAAGGUUCUAAUGUGCACUGUGGAUACAGGCUGUCUUUUCUCACAGUUGAACAAUGAGAACAAUCAGAGAAGAUCUGAUUGUUCUGGGUGUGGAAGACUCCAUACAAGAGCACGUUCACACUAUUGCUGCAAGCUUCCUGCCAAGGUCUGCAAGGUCCCAAUGUUCCAGACUACUCGCUUGACUUCUUUUCCAAUUUACAAGUCUAAAAUGAUAAACCAUGUGACUUGUUUGGUGCAGUGUGUAAAGAAGCUGGAGAAAAAUUAAUAAAUUCAAAUGCACCAAAAAAAUCUGGUCUGUAUUUCAAAACAGCAUUAUCAUCUCUUCCCCUUCAUCACUAAGGCAAAGCUAAUUCUAGUGUGUUGGUGGCAGUGGCUCAGAGGGUUUGCACGUGCAUACUUUUAGACUAUCUUUAAUUUUUCUCAGAGGAUAGCAUUUUCACCAUGUUGAUAGAUGCUCUUGUUACAGAAGGUGGCUACUACAGAUCCUGACAGCCUCAAAGUUAUGUUGGCAAGCCACAGACAAAAGUAAUGUCAUGGAAUAGCUGACACCUGCAAGCAAGAAACUAUUGUAACAGCUGUGUGCAGUCUUGGUGUAACUAACAAAUCCAAAGGCUGCCCUGACCUGCACUCUCUGAUCUCAGCAACUGUCAGGAGGUGUCAGUAUCAGCCAGUCCUGCUUUAUGAACUUACCACAUUCCUUAAAAAACCCAACAAAACCAACAGUACAAUAAUGGAAGAAAAAAUCACUGCUGUACAGCAGAAGAAAGGCCGCUUUCAAGCUGCAAGGUACUUAAAGCUCAUGUUAUGUCAACAGUGACACAAUCACAGUAACCAAACAGUCCAGGUCAAAACUGAUGUUGCCAAUCAUACAUUUCUCUUAUAACAAGAAAAAAUAUCUGCCUUUUAUAAUUCAGA